AUGACCCCCCUUAAUUGGUCGACCUCUCGCAAAGCCCUCAACUUCACCCUAGUCAGCUUCUUCGUCCUUUGGACUUUCGUUCAGCUCGAUAUCGGCUUCACGGCAUGGGGCCCCAUGGAGUCUGAGCUUGGCUUCUCCGUUGAUAUUCUCAAUGCUGGCGCUGCAGUUAACUAUGGGGGGUUGGCGAUCGGAUGUUUUUUCUUUAUCCCACUCGUGCACAAAUAUGGCCGACGACCGAUCUACAUAUUCAGCUCCGCUCUCCAAUUCGCAUCGUGUAUUUGGCAGGCUCAAACGUACACUGUCGGCAAUUUCAUUGGUGCAAAUCUGAUCUCAGGUCUAGGCGGAGCGAUCAGUGAGAUUGUGGUCCAAAUCACAAUUGCGGACAUGUUCUUUGUGCACCAGCAUGCGACGAUGAACGGCUGGUUCGUUAUUUUCCAAUCCGCAGGUGCUUUCCUCGGACCUGUCGCAUCAGGCUAUAUCGUCGACUCUCAAGGAUGGCGUUGGAUGUGGUGGUGGUGCGUGAUUUUCUUUGGGAUCACAUUGUUCUGUGUCAUUUUUCUCUUUGAAGAGUCGAAAUAUGUCCCAGUUCUUGAUGGGCAGCAUGUCGUCUCUGCGCCAUUACCGAAUAGCCAGGCACUUACUGCUGCGGAAGGAAAAGAUGAAGUCACAGCAGACAUCAAAAGGACGGGUUCUGAGCCUGCUACGAGCCAAGCGGUAAUAAACCCUGAGAUCGAACUCAAGACUUACUGGCAGAGAAUGGCAUGGGUCACCAAGACAGAUGAGCCUCUUUGGCCGCACUUUUAUACCCCUCUCGUGACCCUGUUCACUUAUCCGGCUGUUACUUACGCCGCUCUCACCUAUGGAUCUACGCUGGCGUGGUUCGCAACCAUGACCUCUCUUCAAGCAUCGUACAUGCUGUUACCACCAUAUAACUUUGACGCGAUUGGCAUCGGCUUGAUGAACGUCGCGCCUUUUGUUGGCGCGCUCUUGGGCUUUCCCUGUGGUGGAUAUCUUAGUGAUAAGUCCAUCCUCUGGUUAUCUAAGAGGAAUGGCGGUAUCUACGAGCCCGAGAUGCGUCUUUGGCUUGCACUUCCCGUUGCUAUCUUGGGUCCAGCAUCGAUCUUGAUGUUCGGCCUGGGACUUGCCUACGGAGUUCAUUGGGCACUUCUCGCUGUUGGUUUUGGUGUCUUUGGGUUCACAUUGGCUGCUAUAAGCGGCAUAUCGCUUUCGUACCUUAUGGACUGUUAUCAAGACGUCAUUGGAGAUGCUCUGGUCGGCGUGAUCUUCAUGCGUAACAUCAUUUCGGUUAUUGUUCUUUUUGUUCUCACGCCCUGGGUGGAGGUCUACAUGAUCCCUGUCCCCUUACUUAUUUGGGGUAAGAAAGCGCGGGUCGCGACAGCGGCAAGCUACAGGAAGUUGGCUGCUACUCAUGUGAGCCACAGGAUGGUCUAG